AUGACCAAAAAAGAACGCAUUUACUCUCCUCGUAAGAUGCAGCCAAGUUCUUUAACAAUCAAAGAAUUCAAAUCACCAAGACCAGGACUUUCUUCGAUGUUUAUGUUGCCUUCUCAAAUAAGUUUGCCAUCUACAUCUGGAAUACCAAGUUUCUCCUUCAAGCAAAGCCCAAGAGUCGACGAAACACCUAAGGAAGUUUAUCCAUUACCAAAAUCACCAAGAUAA